AUGCAUAAGUUUAUAAACUCAGGUGGAGGAGCAGUCUAGUCUCCAACUGGCCAGAUCAGCAUUAAUAAGGGAACUUCUUGGAUCUCUAGCAAGAUCCCAAUGGUAAUUUUCAAAUAACUCAUAUUCUAGAGAGUGGAGAUACUAAAGACUGCUGCCUUCUCAUAACAUUCAGCAACAGCAUGUUAAGUUCUAACCGUUAAAGUAAUUUCAAAGUAUUCAGCCAAGUCAAGAAUCUCCCUAGAUAUAGCCCUAGCAAACUAUUUUACUAGCAGGGAAAUCUACUUAAUAGAGUUCAAUCACUAGCUUUACCAACAACAAAAAGCAGAUGCUUCAAUCUUCAAUCCAAAAUAACCAAACAUCAGCUUAAAAUAUAAGCACAAAUUUGACCAAUUAGCAGUUCAUUUCUUCCUUCAGUCAAGUACUAAGCAAUAGCAUGCCUUUAAUACUAAAGAAGGGUUAAUGAAAUACCAAGAUUAGCAACUUCAAUUACAGCAAUAAUCUCAACUUUAAUUGCAAAAGUAGCAGCAGUAAUCUCAUCAAUUUUAAUUAGAGACAGAUCAGACUUAACAACAUUUUGGCUAGGCAUCCUCACAAUAGUUUGUUGACUGGAGCAAUAUAUUCAACACUCAUGAGUCAUAUGUUAUAAUUACAAAGCCAGAGGAAGUCCAAGCAAUUUCUUAAGCCAUUCUGAAAACGAAACCAGAUCCAAUACUUGGAGUUGAUUGUGAAGGCUUAGCUAAAGGCAGACCUCUCUCUCUUUUAUAGAUGUACUUUGCCGGGAAGUGUUAUCUUUUUGAUCUGUUAGCAGUAAAUCCUUUCGUCUAUGGCUUGAAGGAAGUGAUGGAGUCAAAAACUAUCAUGAAAAUAUUCCAUGAUUUUUGUGAGGACCAAUCUGCACUCAUAAACCAAUACAACUUGGUCUGCUACUAUGUAUUCGAUACUCAGAUUGCUCAUAGAGUAAUACAGUAGGCGAUUGUGAAGACACCAAAGUUACUUAACUAUAAGGAUAAUAAUAUUUCAUUAGCUGAUCUUCUUAAGAUGUAUAUUGAUGUUGUGCAUACUAAAAAGCAUGAAAUAAGUGCAAAAAUGAAAAAUGAUGAUGGGUUCUGGGAAAGAAGACCACUAACAUAGGAUAUGAUAGAUUACGCUACUCAAGAUGUGUGUUACUUGCCAAUGGUUUAUCAGAAAUUGUUUAAGGAGUAUGGCUAGUUAAAAUUGAUUCAUUAAUUCUAUCAAAAUGGGCAGUAAUACUAUGAAGAGAUGACAGUUUUUUCCAAAAUAAUGCGAGAUACUGGAAGUUGUGCAAAAUACGCUUUCAUUAACAGACACAUAUAAGACAUUUCUUAGUUAACUGAUGGCUCAGUAAUCUAAGCAUUUAUUAAGAACUACCAGGAGUAUGGAGUAUAUUGUUCUCUUAAUGUCGGAGUAUCUGGUAUAGUUUAAGAAGACUAGAGUGUCAAGCAACUAAGAUAGUAUUUUGAUAUUGGAGACAUUAUUCAAGUCUAAGUAGAGGGAUAAAGAAGGUCUGGCCACCUGAAGUUGAGAUUUUAGGGUCCAUAAAAUCCAUCGAUGUUCAUGCCUCCUCAGGUAAAUUAAAACUUUUCACCAGUAAAGGCAUUCAAACCCUAUAAUGUAAAACCAACAGACUACUCUUAUGGUCCAAUUAAUCACAGCCAGCAACCAGUUCCGAUCAAUUAAAACCAAAUGAACCACUUCCACAGAAUACAAAGUGCUCCUUUUCAUCCAUCUACUCAUCAGCCAAGCUCUUAAUCUCUAAAUAUACAAAGUCCUCUAUACUUUUAUCAACAGAACACUCAAAUGUACGGAAACAAGAAGAGCCAGAAAAGUAUGAAUGUCUAGUCUCCUGAAUUCGUUCCAAAUUCAAGUUUUAGCUCUUCAAAUGGUGGGGAUAGUACUCUAAAUAAUACUUUUAAUUCUGAGUGGACUGGCAGUAUGCACUAAGGCAACAGUAAUUUAAACAAGACUGUCAAUCAUGACAUUCAAGAAAGUCCUUUCAACUUUGGUUAUCCCACUCCACAAGAUGGAUAAAAGCCACAACAGAAUAUGAUAAUUAACAACUCUACUAAUUCACUAAAUGCUAACAAUAAACAAAACCAAAAGACACUCAAUCCUGAGAAAAAGGUUAGCAAUUAAUCGACAUUUGCUAAGUAAAGUCCUUAAGGAAUGAAUGAUUAAAUGGGAAACUUAAGCCAGCAUGAGGAAUUCAAGAGAAGUAGCUCAUUUAUCAAUAAUAACAGCAACAACGGAAGCAACAGUCAGAGGUACUUCCAAAUGAAGCCUCAAUAAGACAAUGAAUUUAUGUACAAGCCAGGAAGAAUGUAGACUGCUAGAGAUGAGCUUUAAAACUAGCAAUUCAACUACACCCAAGGUUCUCAAGGGGGACAAGUAAAAGGCUCAAGAUCUACUCCAUAGAAAUAAUAAAUUCAAAAAAGCACUUCAUCAGUUUUGAAUACUUAAUCAAAUCAAUCAGAUAAGCAGGAAAUUAUGAGCUUACUGAAUGAUACUAUUGCCAAACUUAACAUCAACCAGUCAUAAACUCAAAUGAAACUUGUCGUUUAAUAAAAUAUCUAGCAGCAGAAUAGCACCAAUCAAUUCCAAUAGUCACAAGUUUCUUAAAAUUCUUAAUAGUCACAGCCAUCAAAGACAGGUUUCAACUAAGGAUAGACUAUUAGCAGACAUCCUGGUAGCACCAAUUAUUGA